UGGUCACGGACUACACUAUAGCUUGAGCAGUCCAUGUAUGUAUGGUCGAAGAUGAAAGUAGAAGACGCACUCUGAUGCCAAGUGUACGAAUCACAGGUAAAUGUCAACGUAAACUGCAAUUACAUCGUCAUAGUUGACAAAUAAAUUUGCUCGAUUGUUUGAUAUGGUUUAAUAUAACGAGUAUGCGUUACCACGGUUAACCUCAUUAUUUGGCUGAUCGCGUAUAUCGAGAAAAAGUGUAAAAUCAUCGAAGUGAGAAACACUGCGAUGGACAGUACAUCUAAAGUUGGUUUAAAAACCAACGAAGAGAUCAUAGAGGAGCUCACGAGAGAUCUAGAAAGUUCUUGUAGAAGUGCAGAUGAAACCUCUCUAUCGAAUGACAACAAUGCGAAAUCGAAUGUAAAACGGAGCAACUUGCCGGACGAUUUUUGCGAACAAGUGGGAGAGAAUAGCGACAAUGAUACUAAAUGUAAAAUACAAGAUACGCACACGACGGAUUUUCCAAGAGAUUUCGUGGAUGAAGAAUUAUUAAAAGACAGAGAACUUACACUCUCUGAAAGUGAAAAAGAAACAUUCAGAGACGAAGCGGAGAAAUUAAAAAACGAGGGUAACAAUCUUUUUAAAAAUGGAGAAUAUAUACAGGCAAUAUCAAUUUACACACAGGGGAUACAAAUUUGUCCGUUAGGUUACAGUAAAGAAAGAUCUAUUUUAUACGCAAAUAGAGCUGCGGCAAAGUCAAAAUCUUUGGAUAAAGAAUCCGCGAUAUCCGAUUGUACAAAAGCCAUAGAAUUAAAUCCCAGUUAUUUGAAAGCACUCGUUAGGAGAGCACAGUUGUACGAAGAAACGGAUAAGCUAGACGAAGCUUUGGAAGAUUUCAAGAAGGUUCUUACGUACGAUUCUAGUCAUACAGAAGCAAAUUACGCGGUUCGGAGAUUACCUCCGUUAAUUCAUGAAAGGAACGAGAAAUUAAAGGAAGAAAUGUUUGGAAAGCUUAAGGAUUUAGGAAAUAUGGUGCUAAAACCUUUCGGGCUUUCUACAAAUAAUUUUCAGUUGCAAAAAGAUCCAGACAGUAGCAGUUAUUCCGUUAAGUUUCACCAAAAUCCUAGUUAAUACAUUAAUAUGUUAAUCGGUGUAUGUUCCACAAGUUUGAACUUUGUACAAGUUGCAGAAUAUUUAUAAAUACUUAUGUAAAUUCUGCUGGAACGAUGUGCUUCUUAUUAUAAUAAAGAUAUAAACGUUAUAACGUUAAAUAUUUAAAGCAAAUAUUGAAAUAUACG